CUUUUCUUGGCUUCUCCUUCCUCUGCCGCCACCCCUUCCCUUCAAAUCGCUCCUCAGCAACAAAAAAAGAAGAAAAAGCCGGCUCACGCCGCUCGUUCCUUUAAACCCGCUUCCGAACUGUCCCGAGCGCUUCCGGACGCGGCCGAAUCCCCCGGCAUCGCAGGAGGAGGAGGAGGAGGAACCAGAGGACGAGGGAGCCAGCCGCGAGGACCGGGGCAGCGGCAACGUGGCAAGACGCUGGGGCGGUCGCGAUUCAAAACGGGCCGACAGCUGGAUUCCCCCCACCCUGGGAAGAGCCAAUGGCAAGCCUCUCUGGGAGGCUCUUCGGGCCAAUCCUACGCGGGGCACUAGCUUCUCGGCCUAUGGGGCGAAAGAAGAGGGGUGGGACAGGGAGGCGAAGGUCCCGCCCUCCGAGUUUUUCUCCGCUGCCCGAGAGCCGCAAAAACAAAGACACUGGACACAGAGAGACAUUCCCUUCACCAAGAGUGUAUUUACAAAUAUACAUACGUUGCACCUCAGAACUGGUAAUUCCACAAUUCCAACAAAUUAACGUGCUGCUCCUCCAUACAUCAACCCAACAAAUAAGCUUAGGAAGAAAACAAAUAUCAUGUUAGAAAAAUGAAGAUUAUAUCAAGAAUUAAUCCUAAUGCUCUCGCAUACUCCAUGACCACACUGGGUGCUGGGAUGAUGAACAGUAUCUUCAGUUUCUAUUAUGUUAAACUCUUUUUAAAUCGAUACAGAAUUUCAGAAGCCGCAUUCCACCAAGCACAGGUUGUUUUUAUGAUAUGGAAUGCUGUUAAUGAUCCUCUCUUUGGAUAUAUCCAAGAUAAUUCCAGGGUGCCAUGCUGCUCUCGGCGUCAGUUUUCGAUUCUGUAUGGAGCACCUCUGUAUGGUUUGGCCUUUUUGCUUCCUUGGUUUCCUUGGAAACAAUAUGAAGAAAAUGACUGGCUUAGUGGCCUUCAUCUCAUCAUCUCUUUGUGUGCUUUUGAUGGCCUGCUCACAUUUGUCUUGCUAGCACAAUGUGCACUCUUCGCUGAAAUUUCUACUAAACAUGAAAGUAGGCUCCAGCUUAUUAAGUAUAACCAAGUGGCAACCUUAGUUGGGUCCACAAGCAUCCUUUUCUGUGGCCUAAUUACAGACAAUAUGGAGAACUUUAACUAUUUUCAAGUCUUUGUGGUUGUGGUAGGAGCAGUAGCAACUGUCUGCAUGUGUUAUACUGGAUUGUAUAGCACUACUGAGUAUGAACAACAGGAAAUUGUUGCAGAUGGGUCUCAACUAGGAAGUGCUGAGAGGGAUCUGUCUUGGUCUUCCGUAAUUUUGUUGACCAAGCAGAUCCUGACUCAGAGAAAUUUUUUGCUUUUUGUGACCAUGAACUUCUUUCAAGUCUUCCACCUGGCAUUUUGCAACAAUUUCAUGAUGAUCUUUGCAGAUAACCUCAUUCCUAAGGAUGUUCUCUCAUCCUCUAUCAGAAGCAUCAUGUAUGGAGCGGGCUUUAUUUGUCCUCAGUGCCUUGUGCUCAUCAGUCAAGCUUUGUUGAAGAAAUUUGGGUACUAUAAGAUUGUCUUAUUUUCUUUCUACUUGGAAGGAACAGCUGCAGCUGUCAUGUUUUUUCUAGGCCCAGAAUAUUACUACCUCUUGGCUGUUUAUCUCACAGCGAACAUGGUAAUUGUUCAAGCUUCCUUCAGUCUGUUUAAUUUGCCUUUGGCUGAUAUUGUGGAUGCAGAUUUAGUGAAACAUAAACGAAGGUUGCCACUUUCAUCAAUGGUUUUUGGAACAAAUGCUCUGUUUACAAAACCAGCACAGUCUUUAGCCCCUAUGCUUGUGGUUGCAAUAUUGAAUCAGUUUGGAUAUGCCCAUCUCAAUAAUAAAGCUACUCAGCCUGAUCCAAGUUUGUUUCUAGGUCUCCAUGAUGCCAUGUUCUCCAUGAUUUGCCUGGUUCCUCUUUGCAUUGCAGCUUUGCAGGUUCUGACAUGGACACCCUUUUCUAUCCAGAACAGCCACUUGACGCCUGUACAUAAACUGUAAAUAUUUGCAUCAAGGAACCGACAGCCAAUGUCAGAUGUGAAUGAGAACACUGGAUUUCUUUGAUUCUUUGGAGCAAUUUGAGCCAUUUAAUGUUCAUCUGUUAUGUCUGUAAACAUUAUUACUGAGCACAUUGUUAUGAAGCAAGUAGCUCUUUCUAGUUCAACUAUCAUAACAAUAAUUGAAGA